ACGGUGUGUAUGCGUAAGCAGUCCCACAGAAAUAUUCGCGGCGUGGAGAAAAAUAAAUUUUAACACUUAAAGAGGUGAAAAACGCAGUGUAUUUUGAAAAUUAUGUAAAAAGUUGUACUUGAAACGUGUGUCUGUGUUAUAUGAUAUCAAUUUGUGUGAAAUUAAUAUGCAUUUAGUGGAAAUCAAUUUCCACAAUGCAUUGAAUCGGUGACCUACGAUAGUGUUGGUCUAAAAUGGCGUCGAACUUCAUGGAAAGUUAAAUGGCGUCCCAUUAAAAAGAACGGAAAAGUACACAUUAAUAUGGUGCAAUAUUUGUAAGCAAAAGGUGUAAAAAAGGAAGAGUGAGGAAGGAAGGUGUUACGAGAAUUGUAAAAAUCAAAUGACUCGUCGUAAUCACAAUCGUUGGCUUCGUCGCAAUCGCCACAGUUUAUGUAUGUGUGUCUCGUACGUUUUUGAAAAACGAUGCUUGUAGUAAAAGUGAACAAAAAAGAACAGCGAAAAUAAGCUAAGUAAUAAGUGAAUAACUAAAACGUACAUAUAAAAGUAGAAAAGGCGACUUGUUAACGUCAUCGUGUCAUACUGAGACCGAAGUGCACUGAACGAACAAACGUACGGGCGCUUCAUAUGACUCGCCUAGUAGUUGCCGUAUAUAACUACAUGCAUAUUUGCAUAUCUAUAAUUGUUUUGGAAGAAUACUAACUCUGAAGAAGUGUAACAUAAUUAAAAAUUAAAUCAAGAAAAUAAAACAACAUUGAGACGAGGAUCGGGAUUUUUGCGAUCAAGUUGAGAAAAAGACAAGUCCCAGCAAUUGAACAGUGUCUGUGGAAAAUUUCUACGCAUCUAUUGUUGUUGUGAUAAUAAAGCACAAAUAAGUCAGUGAGUGAGGUCAGAGCGCGUUUACAAGCUGUGCUUGUUUACAUUGCGGUGUCGGUGUCGUUCUCUUCGCUAAAGUUUUCGCCACUUUUACAUUCACCGCAUCGUCGUAUCAACGCUGUUUGUUGUUAUUCUGCGUUUGUUUUUUUUUCUUCUUUUUUUUGUAUUGCAUUCCGUUUUGUUCCAUUGUCGCUUUGGAUGCCAACAUAAUCAUUUGUGUGAUAAGUCAACGCGUUGUUAUCAAUUUUGUUUUUUUUUUUGUGAUUUGUGUUUAUUGGAAAAGGCCUCACCACGAAUUACCUGACGUUCUCUUCGUCGCGGCGGUCAACUGUAGUCGCAACAAGUGGUGGUAAAACACCAGCCGCCAGCACUACAGCGCUCGCCACAUCAGCAGGAUCUGUUUCUGCUUCAUCGAGUGUUUCGUCGUCCUCGUCAGCGCUUGGAUUGCUGAGUUCGAGUUUCGUCGCCACAUUCUCAAAUCCCUUCAGUAGCAGUAGUAGUAGUAAUAACAGUAAUAACAAUAGUAAUAGUAACAACACUGCCGCCUACGCGAACAUAGAAGACCCGGCAUUAAUAAGAGGAGCAGCAAACUCUGCUUUGCCGCCAACAUCGUACUACACAAAACCGCAACAACAGCAGCAACAACAACAACAACAACAAAGUUAUCAGCAGCAAACACAAAAUCGUUCGUCAACUGCUACAACAACGAGUACUUAUUUUCAGCACACGCCAAACAGUAGUGGCAGCAUACAACGUGCAACAAUGGCUGCUAGUGGCACAGCUGCACCGAAUAGCAGCAGCAGUACAGCUGCGCUUGGCCUAUCGCCCACAUAUGAACCGCUUGGCGGUGGUCCACACGCUACCAUCGUUAAGGAGGGUUGGUUACAGAAGCGUGGCGAACACAUAAAAACCUGGCGUUCACGUUAUUUUAUACUGCGCGAUGACGGCACCUUGAUGGGCUAUAAAAGUCCGCCGGUGAAUAAUGCACCCGCUGAUCCAUUAAAUAAUUUCACAGUACGCGGUUGUCAAAUUAUGACAGUCGAUCGACCCAAACCGUUCACUUUUAUUAUACGCGGUCUACAAUGGACCAAUGUUAUCGAGCGUACAUUUUGUGUGGAAAGAGAGAUCGAACGGCAACAGUGGACCGAUGCCAUCAGAAAUGUAGCGAGUCGCUUGAGUGAGCUGGGCGAAACGGCCAUGUCACCCUCGACCUCAACAGACAUGUCUGAUGUGGAUAUGGCAUCUAUUGCCGAAGUGGAACUGCGUAACAGUUUUUCAGUGCAGGGCACAACGAAACGCAGUAGUGGCGGCGUUAAAAAAGUCACGCUUGAAAAUUUCGAGUUUAUAAAAGUGUUAGGCAAAGGCACAUUUGGCAAAGUAAUUCUGUGUCGUGAGAAGGCCACUGCAAAGCUGUAUGCAAUUAAAAUUCUCAAAAAAGAAGUUAUCAUACAAAAAGAUGAGAUCGCGCACACCAUCACCGAGAGUCGUGUGCUGCAAACUACGAAUCAUCCCUUCCUAAUUUCACUUAAAUAUUCAUUUCAAACAAACGAUCGUCUGUGUUUUGUGAUGCAAUACGUAAAUGGCGGUGAAUUAUUCUUUCACUUGAGCCGUGAACGUAUUUUCAGCGAGGAUCGUACGCGAUUCUAUGGUGCUGAAAUAAUUUCCGCCUUGGGUUACCUGCACUCGCAAGGCAUUAUAUAUCGUGAUUUAAAGUUGGAAAAUUUAUUGCUAGACAAAGAUGGACACAUUAAAAUCGCUGACUUUGGGCUGUGUAAAGAGGAUAUCACAUAUGGUCGUACAACGAAGACGUUUUGCGGUACACCCGAAUAUCUGGCGCCUGAAGUAUUAGAGGACAACGAUUACGGGCAUGCAGUCGAUUGGUGGGGCACCGGUGUCGUCAUGUAUGAGAUGAUAUGUGGACGUCUUCCUUUCUUUAAUCAAGAUCAUGAUGUACUCUUCACACUUAUCUUAAUGGAGGAGGUGAGAUUCCCCCGCACAAUUUCUGAUGAGGCGCGCAGUUUACUUGCCGGACUUUUGGCUAAGGAUCCACGUCAACGUUUAGGCGGUGGACAAGAUGAUGUCAAAGAGAUACAAGCACAUCCCUUCUUUGCGAGUAUUAAUUGGACGGAUUUAGUGAAUAAGAGGAUAACACCGCCUUUUAAACCACAAGUAGUGUCCGAUACAGAUACACGUUACUUCGAUACAGAGUUCACGGGUGAAAGUGUGGAAUUGACGCCGCCAGAUCCUGCUGGUACAUUGGGUUCCAUAGCAGAAGAGCCACUUUUCGCGCAGUUCAGCUACCAGGACAUGGCAUCCACAUUAGGUAAUUCAUCGCACAUCAGCAGCUCGGCUGGUCUUGCAUCGAUGCAAUAGAAUCGAAUAAAAUGCGUAUGACGUUAUAAUCGCCAGCGUCGUUACCAAUUUGUUGAUCGUCCUUAUGAUCAUUACUGCCAUCAUUGUCAUCAGCAUCAUCGUCAUCCAUAUUUUGAGAAGCAACAACUACAACAACAACAACACCAAAUGCAAAAUAACAAACCAACAAGCAAAGCAAGUGAAGCAGCCACAAUUGCUGUUGAAAGCAAAUUCCCUAACGUCGAUGCUGCCGCAAGCCAAGUCACCGCCACAGCGCGCACACCAACACCACACGAAGGACAAAAACAAUAUUGUUUUGGUCUUAUCAAAAUUGUAGCGCUCGCUUAGUUUGCGCGCUGCAGCAACUUUUCUACUACUAAGGCAACAUGAAAUAAUUGCAUGAUAACGGACUACAACAACGCGAUGUGUAUAUGCACUUGUCAAAUGCGUCUGAGCGUCCACCGACCGAUGAUUCAUGGGUCGCAUUUUCAUUGUACUGAAAGCGUGUGUAUUUUUUACGUUUCUCACUGGCGCUGCGUAGUUGCGGCGGUGACUGCAGCAGUUCUUGAGAUACUCACUGUGACAGCAACAACAACAACAACAAACAGACAAAGUAAACAAACAAAAAAUAUAUAGCAAUGGCAGUAGUGGACGUAAUGGCGCGCACAGCCGCAUCAGCGAAAUGAACAGCAGAAACAACAUGAUAAAGAACAGUUUAUAUAAUUAUAAUACAAUUUAAAAGUAAAAGUAAUAAAUAAAAAGUUUAAAUCGCUAAUAUACAUAUACAUACAUCAUAUAUUAUAUACAUAUAUAAAUAUAAUUAUAAUAUAAUGAACGGCAACAAUUACUGCUACAACUACCAAUAUUAGUACAUAUUGCAACUACAACUACUACUAUUAAAUACAAAAUAAAUAAAAGUAAUACAAUUAAAAGCAAACAUACAAACCAAUAAAUAAACAUAAUUUAUUUUUUACACUACAGUUACGAUUGCAACUACAAUAAUAAUAACUGAAAAUAAAAUUACAAGAAAAAUACACAAGAAACAACAAGCGAUAAUAUAAUAAGUGCAUACAUACUACAAUUUAUUAUUAUAUACAUAUAUACAAGAAAUAAAUAAUAAAAAUGAAACUAAAAAAGGUAAUAAAUUAAAAAAUAAAAAUAAAAUAAAAUUGAUAACUGCGAAAAUGGUUAAAGUUAGUUAUAAACAAAUUAUAUAUACAUACAUACAUACUACUAUUAUAAAAAUAUAAAUGAAACAAUUUAAAUAAAAUAACUAGUUAAUUUAAAGACUCUUUCUGUGCUGCACUGCUAUUAUUUCUGUUUUCUCAAAAUAAUUAUGCAACUAAUGUACAAAACCCAAAACAGCAACAACCACAAAAUUUAACUAAACACACAUAAAUACACACAUAAAAAUAUAUAUGUAUCUACAUGCGCGCAUACUUUUGUAAACUCUGCAAUUUUUUGUUUGUUUUGAUUGUCGCAAAAACUUUUUUCUUUAUACUUUUACAUUAAAAACCGUUAAACCGUUGUGCUGUGCGUUUGAAAUUAAUGAUUUAUAGACGAUUUUUAUGUUUUUUACACAACAUUUUUCCAUAUUCAGUUACUUUGUAACAUUUAUGUAUGUGAGUAUACACACACACACACAGACAAAAAAUAAGCAAAAAACCAAACGUAAACAAAAAGCAAAAGCAGUUAUCUAUAAAGUUGCCAAGGCAGUAGAAAAAAGAAACGAAAAGUUAAUAAUAAAGGAUGCUACUACAAAAAUAUGUAAAUUAUUUCAAAAUUUGCUAAACAUUUUUGUAAUAUUUAAAGCAACACAAAAACAAAGCACUCGAAAUGGCCGACACCAAAAACAAUGCUGGAGCAUCAAUUUUUUGCAGCGUUGCAACGUGAUAUUUUAAAAGCUGAAUGCGUUCCAAUGCCUGUUUGGGAUGAGCAACUUUCUUUGCAUUUGACGCCGAAUUCAGUUUAGCGCGGCAAUGAGUGGAUAUUACAGCGCUGCUGUGGUCGUGGGCCAUUGCAAGCAUAUACCGUUAGUACGAUACAAUGAUACAAAAACAAAGAAAAGAAAAAAAAAACAUUUUUUUUAGCAAACGUAAUGUACAAACAGCGAAAAUAUAUAAUUUACUGCGACCAUGCCACAAGCAUAGUUAAAUAUCAACUAGCGUAAAUAGGUUAUCAAUUGUGUAAUUUGUUUGAUUCAAGAAAAGAAAAUACAAUAAUAAAAUGUGAAAAAAACUCCCGAACAACACAAAUGUUGAAACAUUCA